AUGGCCCGCAGAUAUGAUAGCCGAACAACGAUCUUUUCCCCCGAAGGUCGGCUUUACCAGACCGAGUAUGCUAUGGAGGCUAUCGCCCAUGCUGGGACAGUAAUCGGAGUUCAAUCGAAAGAGGGGGUCGUGCUAGCUGCAGAGAAGAAGGUUACAGGGAAAUUAUUGGACACAUCGGUUGUAAAGGAGGGAGGAUAUGGGGGUAGCGGAGAGAAGAUAUUCCUCCUGAACAACAACCUCAUUGCUGGUGUAGCAGGGCUAUCCGCUGAUGCCAACUCUUUGGUGAAUUAUUCUCGGACGUCAGCACAGCAGCACUUGUUUUCUUUCAACGAAGAUAUACCAGUCGAGCAGCUCGUUCAGAAGCUGUGCAAUCUUAAGCAAGGAUACACUCAGUUCGGAGGUUUACGGCCGUUUGGUGUAUCCCUCCUGUAUGCGGGCUACGACCCCCACUAUGAGUUCCAAUUGUAUCAUUCGGAUCCUUCUGGUAAUUAUAGCGGCUGGAAGGCUACAUGCAUUGGGGCCAACAACGGCACUGCUCAAAGUCUGCUGAAGCAAGAGUACAAGGACGAGAUCAGCCUCGAUGAUGCGAUAUCGCUUGUGAUUCGGGUAAUGGGAAAGACUAUGGACUCUACAACAUUGAGCAGUGAAAAGCUUGAAUUUGCUGUCAUCACUCUGGAUGCUGACACUAAAAAGCCCAAGGCUAAGAUUUACCGCCCCGUGGAAGUUGAUGCUCUAUUGGACAAGCUUGGUGUCAUGAAGAAGGAUGACGAAGAAAUGAAGUCUUAA